GACCCGCUGCGAUUCAGUCUUGCCGUACAGGUUGAGUAAGUCGCGCAUGGUUUCGGUACUCUCGCAUCGGUUUCGACCUCGUGUUUGUUGUUGAUCUAGUUAGCGACCCUUUCUCGCGUAGCGCCCCAAUUGUUUGUUUUGUUAUUGUUGUGUUUGACAGUUCUUAUCAGCGCGAAACCAAGAUGGCAGAUUCAGUGGUCAAAAACGGCAGCAACGGCCACGCUAGUAACGGCGCCGAUCCCUGCGAGACCUUGGACGGUGAGGAGGCGCUAGCCAUCAUCCGGCGGAACCUGAAAUCAAGCGCCAUGGACACCGAGGGCACCCACUUCGAUUCCAACAUUCCGCACGUCUUUGUCGUGUUUGGAGCUUCUGGCGACUUGGCGAAAAAGAAGAUCUACCCGACGCUGUGGUGGCUCUUCCGGGACAACCUGCUGCCGUCGGUGACCAAAUUCGUCGGGUACGCGCGCAGCAAGCUGACCGUGGCCGAGCUGAAGGAAAAGUGCCGCCCGUACAUGAAGGUGGACGCCGCGCAGCAGGAAAAGUACGACGAGUUUUGGGCGUUGAAUUUCUACGUGGCGGGCAGCUACGACGGGCGGCGGGACUUUGAGCUGCUGAACCAGGAGAUUGGAAAGUUUGAGGUUGGGAAGACGGCGAACCGGUUGUUUUAUUUGGCGCUGCCUCCGUCGGUGUUUGAGACCGUUACGGUGCAUAUCCGGAACACGUGCAUGGGGUUGAAGGGGUGGAAUAGGAUUAUCGUGGAGAAGCCGUUUGGCCGGGAUGCGGACAGCUCGAACAAGCUGAGCGAGCAUUUGGCGAAGCUGUUCACGGAGGAUCAGCUGUACCGGAUUGAUCAUUAUUUGGGGAAGGAGAUGGUGCAGAACUUGAUGACGAUCCGGUUCGGGAAUCAGAUCUUCAGUCCGACCUGGAACCGUAACAACGUGGCGUCGGUGUUGAUCUCGUUCAAGGAACCGUUUGGAACGCAGGGUCGUGGGGGGUAUUUUGACGAUUUUGGAAUCAUUCGGGAUGUGAUGCAGAACCAUCUGUUGCAGAUUUUGUCGCUGGUGGCGAUGGAAAAGCCGGCCACGUGCCAUCCGGACGAUAUCCGUAACGAGAAGGUUAAGGUGCUGAAGAGCAUCGAGCAGCUGUCGAUCGACGAUGUUGUGCUGGGACAGUACACUGGAAAUCCAGAUGGGAAGGAUGAGGAUGCCAGGAUGGGAUAUCUGGAUGAUCCGACCGUUCCGAAAGAUUCCGUUACCCCGACAUUUGCGCUGGCCGUACUUAAAAUCAAAAACGAACGAUGGGAGGGAGUUCCGUUCAUCCUGAGAUGUGGCAAGGCCCUGAACGAGCGCAAGGCCGAAGUCCGGGUUCAGUAUCAGGACGUUCCCGGAGACAUCUUCGAUGGGAAGCCCAAGCGUAACGAGCUCGUCAUCCGGGUACAACCCGGCGAAGCUCUGUACGUUAAAAUGAUGACCAAGUCCCCCGGCAUCACCUUCGACAUGGAGGAAACCGAGCUGGACCUGACCUACGGCCACCGCUACAAGGACGUCAAACUGCCCGACGCGUACGAGCGUCUCAUCCUGGACGUGUUCUGCGGCUCCCAGAUGCACUUUGUCCGCUCGGACGAGCUGAGCGAGGCGUGGCGGAUCUUCACGCCGCUGCUGCACCACAUCGAGGGCGAGCGACCGGAACCGAUCAAGUACGUGUACGGAUCACGUGGCCCGAAGGCGGCCGACCACAAGUGCGACGAGAACAACUUCAAGUACUAUGGCUCGUACAAGUGGCACCAGAAGCACUGAGUUGAUAUCUUUGUAUCGGUUUUUGUUUAACGUUUGGAAAUCAUUUAUUUAUUUGCACUUCAUUGAUUUCGUACCUGCAAUUGGCGGUGUACUGUCCGGGACCAACGGGCAACGGGCUAGGGGGAAGGACUACCCCCAGAGAGAAAAUUCAUACAACGAGAGGUUUCAUGUUUAAUUUCAUCCUAUUUUUUGUUAUCCAUACUAGUUGGAGGUAUUUUUGUUUUCUUUUGGAACAUAGCAUUUUUGUAUAAAACAACAAAAAAUAAUCCCUAAUAAAACAUUCCCAAAUUAA